CACAGCUCUCUUUUCUCAGCCCUCAACUUGGCACAAUGCCUACCUCUCCUUCUCUAUUCUCCACCAUUACUUUCUUGACUAUGCUUAUAUAAUCCCGUCUUUACACAACCCAUUUUUCAUUUUUCAUUUUUCUCAUCCAACGACGAUAUGGGUACUUCAUCACCUUUUCUAUUACUGCUCUCUCUUGUAAUGAUCUGCUUUGCACUUGGUACAGCUUCUUUCUAUGAUGAUUUUGUCAUCGUUUGGGGAUCUAAUAAAGCUAGGAUACUCAACAAUGGAGACUUGAUUACAUUGUCUCUCGACAAGAAUUCUGGGUCUGGUUUUGAGUCCAAAAGAGAAUAUCUAUUUGGUAAGAUUAAUGUGCAGCUCAAGCUUGUCCCUGGCAACUCUGCUGGAACUGUCACCUCCUACUACUUUGCUUCAAAAGGGUCUUCAUGGGAUGAGAUAGACUUUGAAUUCUUGGGGAAUCUCAGUGGUGAACCUUACACUGUUCAUACUAAUAUUAUUACCCAAGGUAAAGGUGAUAGAGAGCAACAGUUUCAUCUCUGGUUCGACCCGACUUUGGAUUUUCACAACUACUCCAUCCUCUGGAAUCCCCUCACUGUGGUCUUCUUUAUUGAUGGCACACCCAUAAGACAAUUCAAGAACAUGAACUCUAAAGGUAUUCCAUUCCCAAGGAACCAAGCAAUGAAGAUGCACUUUAGUCUUUGGAAUGCUGAUGACUGGGCGACGAGAGGUGGGCUUAUCAAAACAGAUUGGACACAAGCUCCUUUCACAGCUUCCUUUAGAAACUUCAAUGCAAGAGCCUGUGUGUGGUCUGCUGGCGCUUCUUCUUGCAGUGUAAGCUCUCCAUCUUCAAGACCCACAAGACAUAAAUGGCUAACCAAGAGGCUUCAUAUAACAAGCCUACAAAGGCUGAAGUGGGUGCAGAACAACUACAUGAUAUAUGACUACUGCACUGACACAAAGCGCUUCCCUCAGGGCCCUCCUCUAGAAUGUGCUACAAAUUAAAGAGAUGGCUACCUUCAAAACUACACCUAGUAAUAAUUAUGUAGCCCUUUAAUAAUGUGAAGGUUUGUACAUUUAGCUAAAACAUGUAUAUAAAAGACUAGUUCUC